ACUGCCAUCGAGAGGUUGGAAAGUAAGAUUAACCUACUAUCUAAUACGAACUCCGCACAUUUGAUUCUUGAAAAUCGACUGAUGAGAGAAACUGACAUCCUGCCUACAUAGAUAAAUAUGUUUAACUGAAAUUUGUAUGUUGAACAACAGAGACAGGGUUUGUGUGAUCAUCGCUGGAUCACCAAUUUACUCAUGUCAUAUCAUAUCAUCUGAAAUCACAUUUAGUAUUUUGAAGGCAAUCAUGCAGUGUAUCACAGACUUCACAUUCAACAAAACCCAAUCGACUACUUCUUCUCGAGUGAAGACCAGUUGUGGUCAAGUAGAUUUGAACCACGUCAGAAAUUCCCAAUACACCAUCAUUCACACCCACAGCCACAGAGACACACGCACAUUAGCGCGAAUAAAUGCGUUUAAGAUAUCUGAAAUAUGCGAUUGGAUGAAGUUGACUGCACUCACUGACUAUCUGUCAUUCUGGGUGAGGAAUGACGUGUCUUCUUCAAGUCAAAUUAUUCACACCGAUAGUGAAUACUGGUCGAUUCAUUCGUGUUUCUCCCUUUACUCAUAACAUUCAGCGUUUCUUGCUCUUUCAUGAAGUCAAUAAUGCUCACCAUCUUUCAUUUUUUCAACAGGAGCGGGAAGAGAAAACUAGAAGA